CCCCAGCAGCAGCGCCUCCUCAGAGUAGUAGGCCUCGCCUUUCGGCCCUAGGCCGUGGCUCCCUGAAGAAGGGAAGGGAGCGGCUCCACUGACCGGAGGAAGCCUCCCUGCGGCCCCUGAGAGGAGGAGCGGAGGCGGAGCCACGCAAAGCCCGGGGGCGCCGAGUCGGGAGGGAAGCGAGGCCUCCGCCGCCCAGUGCUGGCUGGUGCCCACUCCCGCCAGAGGGCCUAGGGCGGGCGAGGAGGGGAUGCUGCCGAGCGGCCCUCUGGAGGAGCGGUUGAGGGAGGCCGCAGCCCUGGGCGACCUGGAGGAGGUGCAGGCGCUGGUCGGCCAGGGGGCCCAGGUGGAUGCCCCCAACGAAGUCAAUGGCUGGACUUGUUUGCAUUGGGCUUGCAAACGGAACCACAUUGAAGUGGUUGCUUACUUGUUGGAUUCUGGAGCCAAUAAGGAGAUUUUCACAGUUAAUGGCGAGCUGGCAGCACAUUUAACGUCAAAGAAAGAAAUCAGAAUGCUUCUAGGAGAAUGUGACAAUCAAGAAAUGAAUCACUUAAAGCUGCCAGUCAGUGCAAAUGAUGUGACCAACCCACUAUUGUGUGCAAACAAGGAAGGAAGGGACAGUGUCCUUGACACUCCAUCACCAUCUGAGGAUACCAGAACCAUUGUCACUUGCUUACCUGAGGGCAAAUCUAACACUUGCUUAUCGACAAUUCAAACUGAAGAUGUGUGCCCAACCUUCUCCAUGCACAGUGAAGACUACUACAAAGAGGACUUCACUUCUCCCAUCAAUGCAGAAGCUACAGCAUGCAUGACACCUCCAGUCCAGGGCUGCCCUGUUUACCCCUCUCCUGCAAGUCACAACAGAGUCCUCUUCAGCUCAGCUGCAUCUCAACAUGUACCUCAGCAAGCAAAUGGCUCCUGCACAGGCAAUACAGAGCCCUUACAGCCACUGCUUCUCACAGGAAACUUCCCAUAUAAUACACAAGAAUUAGUGCUCAAAGUAAGAGUUCAGAAUCCUAAGGAGAAUGACUUCAUUGAAGUUGAGCUGGACAGACAAGAGUUGACAUACCAGGACCUGCUCAGAGUGAGUUGCUGUGAACUGGGUAUUAAUCCUGAGCAAGUGGAGAAGAUCAGAAAGCUACCCAAUACUCUGGUAAGAAAGGAUAAAGAUGUUUCCAGGCUUCAAGAUUUUCAAGAGCUGGAACUAGUACUGGAGCGAAGCAUCAGUUCUCCAUUCAGAAAUCCAUCAGCACCAACAGCGAUGGACAUACCCUACUACAACACUAAAGCUGCAAAACUAACAUACUGAAGAUUAACAGGCAGUGACUAAAUAUAUUUAAAAGUUUUAAGUUCAUGUUAAUUUAUUUUUACUAGUAAUUAUAUUUAUAUAUUGGUAUUUUCAGCUAAAAUACAUUUGAAAUAUUUAUAUUUGUCAGUUUUUGUUGAGUAGAAGGAAAGGCCCAUACAGCUCAAGCACUUUAGCAGUUUCAUAUGCAAGCACAGAUGGAAAAAAGUGUUUUGUGGGAGAAGCAAUCAUUUUCCGAAUUUCUCUCAGGCAACUGGACUGAGAUUCCUGCCUAAAAUACAUUAUGUUACAAAUAGCUGCUAGUGCUUUUAAUAGUUGUAGUAGUAGAAGUAGUGUUAGGUAACUUAUUUAUGUUAAUAACAUGAAGGCAGACAAUUAACUGAAAACAAAAGAAAGCACAUUAGAAGGUGAAAAAUCUUCAGUAUUGUUCUCCUGAUAUAUGAUCUUCAUCCCAAGAACCGUAACAACACUGUAACAACACCUUUAUUUUACCUUUUCUCCCAAGUAGUAUGAGAAUAGUUUCAAUGUUAACUGCCGUUAUACAGCUUUUGUAAGAAAAUCCCAUCUGGAAAAUUUCCUGAAAUUACCAAUUGUGCUACCACAAUCAAGUUUACUGUUGUAUACAAUUUAAACAUGCGCUGAAGAGAUUAUAUAAGUAUGCUGACAAUGGACCAGAUCUAUGCAUUUAGAAAAUUAUUUUUGUAGCUUUGUUAAAAAAGGGGGGAAGGGGGCGGCGGCUAUGAAGCAAGCUAAACAAAUAGUAAUUGUAUUUCUGUAAUUUGUUAUCCUGUAAAUAAGAUGGCAAACCUUUGGAACAGUACUUCUUGUAUUACCUAAUUGUAACAGGCUAAAUAAUGUAUUAAAGUAUUUUUAAUAAACCUAAAGUUUUGUUUUA